GUAAAAUCAAGACGAGGUGAAUCAAUAGACAAUCAGGGGGAACUAGAAGAAAAAAAGAAAACUACAAAAUCAGAAACAGCAGAAAGGGAAAGCUAGAGAUCAGCAGGGAACAGAAACCGGUGGAGGCGUCUUAUAGAAUGCCAUGCUAAAUAUUGCAGGUAAAACAAAAGUCUGCUAUAACCACUUUAUUCUGGGGGUUUAGUGCACAUUUUUUUGUUUUUAAUCUUAUAUAAGGACAUUUUUAACUUAGAGAGGGCAUAUAGGCUGAGAAUCUGGGGGCAACAUACAAUUACUUGUUAUAUAGUCAGGGUUCCCAGGUCUACAGCCCUAUUCCAUGGGCUCCUCAUCGCUAGUUCCAUGUUGAGAGAGCAGAAGGCCUAUAGACAAGAGGUAUGGAGACUCAUCAUCCUGGAGCAUUUUUGCUCCCAUCCUACUCUGAAAUGAAAUCUUCUGGAUGCCAGUUUCCAACACAUACUCCCUUCCACAAAUUAAACCCCAAUGUAUUAGGAUGUCAUCUACCAUCAGGGACACCACACGGCAUUUCAGACAUACUUAGCAGACCACUGCCUGCUUCACAUAGCGGGAUGUUCCCAGGAUACCCCACGGUGCAAGGAUAUGGAAGUUCUUCAGUACCGGGGACUUGUUACGGAGAACAGGGCAACAUUUUGACAAAGAGUGGGACCCCGUACACCAACCAGAGUCAAGGAGGUUGGACAGACAUCGAACAGGACUGGAGAGGAGGGAAUCCAGCUCUAAGCAGUGCAAGCAACACAGAAGGGUCUUCUCGAAAGAAGCACACACGUCCCACGUUCACAGGCCACCAAAUCUUUGCUUUAGAAAAGACGUUUGAGCAGACAAAAUACCUAGCGGGUCCUGAACGAGCGAGGCUAGCCUUCAGUCUUGGAAUGAGCGAGUCCCAAGUUAAAGUUUGGUUUCAAAACAGACGUACUAAAUGGCGUAAGAAAAGCGCUGUGGAAACGCCAGGGCUUCCGUCUCUGAGUACACGAGCCCCCGGAGACCUAAUCCCAUCUGACAAUGAGGAUGAUGAAUACAGCAAACCGUUGGAUCCUGAUUCAGACGAUGAAAAGAUCCGCUUGUUACUUAGAAAACACCGUGCAGCCUUCUCUGUGCUGAGUCUGGCCACCCACAACCUGUAACCAUAACCCAACUAUUGUUACUUACCCCAGAACCCUGUAUCACUACACCUGCACCACCAACCCAUUGCCAAAAAGGGUAUAAUUCCAUUUUAAGACUUAUGAUUUGCCCUCUGUUAUUUUCUGGAUUUAAACAACCUUAACUACAAAGACAUUAUUCAUUCCCUUUCCAAUGUUGUAUUUAUUUACCCUGACAUUUACUUUGUAAUACUGAAUUUAUUUCUGCCCCACACA